UAGUAUUUUUUUCUUGCAGUUUUUUUUGUAAGCGUAUGACGAAAUCCUAUAACUUCUACUCGUGAAUACAAGAUCUUGCUUUUGAUUCAUGGAUAAACCAGAGAAAAUAAAAAAGACCACUUCAAUCCCGACGCGAAUUCCGAGCGUCAAAACUCCAACCUCAAAGGCGUGUCAUAGUUCCUUGGCCGCCGAGGUGGGAGAGGAGGCAUGCGCAGCUGCGAGGCGGCGAAGAUGUACUAUGUCAGUUGAUCGUUCUCUUUUCAUCCGACCCCAUGAACGACCAUCGUCGCUGGCUCUGAAGUCCAAGAAAGCGUCUUCGUCUCUGGUAGUGUCUAUUGGUAGUCCUUCGUUAGCUCUGCCAUCUCGACCUUCGUCUCGCAUCCCUUUGUCCAAUGUGUCGUCUCCUCUAACACCAUCCCUCGAAUGGCAUUACUCUUCUACCGAAGAACAGUCAUCAAGCCGGUCUCCUGAAAAGCGGACACUUUCGUCGACGAGUGUCGAAUGGCUUCCUUUUCUCUUGUCAGAAGGAAAAUCGAGCUCGGAUUCUCCGGGGGUUGAUUGGCCGUCGACUACUUCUCAGUCGGGAGGAAGGGGAUCUUCGCAAGCGAUCUCAUCUGGCGAUGAGGUAGCUCCAACAAUUAAGUCUGUGGAGGAAAACCGUCAAUCAAUAGCUCCUGAAAGUUUAAAAAGCCCAAAUCUUACAGCAUUGCUCGAAAAACCUGUAAGUGUGGUACCUGAUGAGGUUUUAACAUCAAACGAACAAGAAGACGCUCCUCUAGAUCAUGAUGAAGUUGCCACUCAGCCGUCUUCCCAAGAUGCCAAAGAGUUGUUUCGUACUGUUGAAGAGAUUAGAUCCGAAUCGGAGUCGGAAGAAGGUGGUUCUAGACGCCAGUUGAAAGAGCGAGAUGAAACUGCGUUACGCCAAAGCAUAUUUCGCGCUCUCGUUUUACUUCCUAGUGCAGCCGCAUCAGUUGUUACUGGCAACAGGUCUUCGGAAAAUAUUUUACCGGCAGUUGAUUCUCCAAGGCUAGUCACCAUUCCAACAGAGUCAUCCGCCCCAAUUUCCAGCGAUUCUACUUCGCCUAGAGAUGGAGCUACGUCUUCUUCCCGAACUGAAAGUCCUCAUGUCAGCGACGUUGACCAGGUCUCAACACGGAGAGAGAAUGUGCAUCCAGCUUACGAAACUAUUCAUCCCAGCACCAGAGCUCCUUUCGCCGCAUCUUUUAUCGGUAGCAAAAGUAAAUUAAGGAGCUUAGUUGAUAUUUAUGUAGACAUGGCGGACGAAAAUCCUCCAGCCAAUUUGUGGGAAUUCUAUUUCAUGGUGAAAGAGUGUAGAUUGGAGAAAAUUGAACACUUCACACCUGAAGAAACUAGAGAUGUCCUCAUUCUCUUCAGCUUUUGUCUGCUCUACAAUCUGUUCAUGUUGAAAAGCAGAAAAGAGAUUCUCAUAUCGGACAAGGAAUUGUCAAAUAUGUCUAACCAUAUAUCUAAGAUCAACAAGCGUCUCUUUAAAUUCAGAAGAAGCCAAGCAAUUAAAGCAGAAGACCGUAAAAGGAAUAUUCGAAUUACUAGUUGCAUCAACGAGCUGUUAACGUUCUUAAAAGGUCGUCAGCCAUGUUAUGAUCACCUGAGAGAUGUGAUGACUCCGGAACUGACCAGAGACGAUGAAAAGCCUCAAAAAGGAUUCUUCUAUCACUCAGCUUUGUUCAGACAAUUUCCUCAAAACGACUUGUGUUUCUUGUACAAGCUGCACCGUAUAAUGUCAGAAAGCCGCUCCAUCAAUAAUAUUGUCGAACUCGGACUCAAGCUUAUCUUGAAUGAGAAAGGAAAGAAAAAAGUUGCAACAACAGAACCUGACGAUGACCCUUUUCAUUGUAUGACGUUUCAUGACCUCUCACGAGAAGUAAUCGAUAUUUAUCUACACGCCCUGCGCGCCUCGAUGUUGCUGAGUGUUGGCGAGGACCUUUUCCUGAGCGAUCAGUUAACGUUCGAGUCAAGAGAGCUUUGUCACGUUCUUGAUGUCGCGACUGAAGCAUUGGUCACCAACAUUUACGGUAAUGAAAAUUUUUUCUUCGCCGUCAUGAGGCGACACGAGACAAUUCGAAAUUUCUGCAUUAACGUCUUCAGUUUCAAACGCGAAAAUGUCUUUUCGAAUUCUCGACCAAUAUCUAACCUCUGGCAAAAGCUGUUGUCAUUCAGUUCCCCGAAUGAUCUGAAGCGGGCGGUUUUGAAUCAGCUCUGCUGUAUUUGCCAUAGUGAAAACGCGGUAGCUGAAAACGCUUUCACUAUUUUCGAUAACUGUGAACACAUUAUCUGCAACAACUGCCGGGAUUUCCUUAUAAGAGGCAAUGAGUGUCCGGCUUGCAAGGUGCACGUGACUUCCUACACCACCUUCUCGGCCUACAGGCGCUAUUAUCAUGCGCGUUUGCAACCAUCAAUGUACGAAAAAACAGCGAACAAUGUACUGCAGUUUCAAUUUAAGAGAAAAGAUGGUAAAACGGUGAAACCUGUUCGUCCUCGCAGGUACGAAGAUGAAAGAGCCGAGGAAGGCCUUAUUGGUAGAGUUCGUAUCGAUCCGCUACUGCGGCGAAAUUGGCAGGAGGCAGUGAGGUUGCCACGGCGCAUUGGACCCAGGACUCCUCCUGAGGGCUCUCAGUCGCCGCCUGAUGCCCGUCGAGGCUCUCAGUCGCCGCCCGCUGCCCGUCGAGAUUCUCAGUUGCCGCCCGCUGCCCGCCGAGAUUCUCAGUCGCCGCCCGCUGCCCGUCGAGGCUCUCAGUCGCCGCCAUCGCCGCCUGCUGCCCGUCGAGGCUCUCAGUCGCCGCCUGCUGCCCGUCGAGGCUCUCAGUCGCCGCCUGCUGCCCGUCGAGGCUCUCAGUCGCCACCUGCUGCCCGUCGGUCUACAUCUCCUUCAUGCCCCACAAGUCCCGCUCGUAAGAUCGAAAAAUUGUUGCCAGCCACACCUCCAAGUCGGCAAGCACUUAUCUCUUCUCUCGCCUCUCCUGCUCAUCGUCCUAAAGUCAAUUCAAAGCUGGAGCCACUGUCGGGUGCAAAAAUAAAAGUACUGUCGACGUUCGGUUUUUCUAGACGGAUAUCUCCUGUGUCCCGUAGACGCCGGAUAAGUAGAAUAGACGAAGAUGAAGAUGUGUCGUCACGCCGAACUCUGUCCGGGGAGUGGGUGCGGGUGCUGGAGCAGCGGGUGCGGAUGCAGGAGAGGGAGGUACUGGAGGAGCGGAUGCAGGUGCAGGAGGUACUGCUGAAGAGGGAGGUGCUGGAGGAGCGGGUGCAGGUGCAGGAGAGAGAGGAGCGGGUGCAGGAGGGGGAGGUGCUGGAGGAGCGGAUGCAGGUGCUGGAGGAGCAGGUCCAGAAGAGGAAGGUGCUGGAGGAGGGGAUGCAGGUGCUGGAGAGGGAGGGGCGGGUGCAGGAGAGGGAGGGGCGGGUGCAGGAGAGGGAGGGGCGGGUGCAGGAGAGGGAGGGGCGGGUGCAGGAGAGGGAGGGGCGGGUGCAGGAGAGGGAGGAGCGAAUGAUGGUGGCGCUGAAGGAGCAGGUGGAGGUCCAGUGGAGAAUCCAAAUGCGAACGUCUAUCUGGGCCCAUUACUCGACAUGCUCGAACCCGCGAACAGAGUAG